AUGUUAUUUUCUCCCUGUUGUAAGGUAAACGAUCCCAGUCCUGACAUCCCUCCAAAACGAACACGAGCCUCAUUGUCGGACCUGUCCAGUAUUAACGACAUUGAGGAGCUGACUGUACGUCAGCUGAAGGAAAUCCUGGCUCGCAAUUUUGUCAACUACUCGGGUUGCUGUGAAAAAUGGGAAUUGGUGGAACGAGUAAGCAGGUUAUACAAAGAGACAGAAGAAAACCGCAAGGCGUUGGAAAACGGAAACAACCCAGAGGCAGCGACUGAAGGAGAGAAGAUGCAGUUGGGCAGCGACGAGAACCUGUGCCGGAUCUGCAUGGACUCAGCGAUCGACUGCGUGCUCCUGGAGUGCGGACACAUGGUCACCUGCACCAAGUGCGGCAAGAGAAUGAGCGAGUGCCCCAUUUGCCGGCAGUAUGUGGUUCGGGCAGUGCACGUCUUCAAGUCUUAAGAACCGAGAGCAGGUCGCAUUGCGCAUUACCAGAGAUCUGGCUUUUAACUGAUCAGGAUGCUUGAUAAACCCAUGGAUUAAAACGAGUCAAUGUUAUCAGUAACGCCGGUUAAUUUUUUUUUAUCAUUCGGACAUUUGAUUUUUUUUGCAGGGAAAAAAAAAUGAUUUUUAGUCUUACUAACAAUUUAUCAUAGUUGCUUAUUGACUGGAAGCCUUACAGAAAUCAGUGCACAACAAAGCUACUUACAUUAUUAACCUUAAGGUGCAUAAAAAACGAUCCAAGUUAAAUCUGUUUUGACCACUAGAAUCGACAGCUAGAACCUGCAACUCAAACGGACACAUUGCAAAAAAAAGUUGGAAGAAAAUUCUAUUUUGAACUUUUCGUAUAAUUUUAUAAGUCUCCUGGAAUUUUACUUUUCAAGGAUUAAGUUGGUCAGUAGCUUAGUCAUUGUGCUGUGUAUAUGUGUGUGUGUGCACACAUGUGUGCGUGUGAGAGAGAAAUCAGCUUUUGACAGAAAGGAGACCCCGUUUGUGUGACUUCAAGACGUUAUCAGUAUGUUCGGCUAACAGUUGUAUCCAUCACAAUUUACUCCCUCGCUCCCAACUUACCUUUUUGUAUAUCUGGAGGUUUUGAAAUUCAUUUUAUUAUUUCUGCCAUUUGACUAAUAAAUGAAUUGGAUUAAAUGGAA